GACUAGUUUAAAGCAUCUAUCUGGGGCGUUAUCAACGAACAACAAUAAAUCGGAUACCAAUGGAUGUGCAUCAUCGAUGACGACAAAUCGAUUGGGACUUUCUCUUGCAUACCACACCUUCUUAGCUCUUCGCUUGUGCACAUGUACUCAUUGUAACGUUCUCUUCAAUAUUAUUACUCCAUUACUGACUUCUAUAUCUCGCUUCAGACCAUGGCAGCCUUGAAAAUACUGCCUAUAAAAUCUACAAUUAGUGACGCAGAAUAAUAUCAGCGCGAAGUUGUUGGUUCGCAUACGCUCGCACAAUGCUCCUCUUCAGGUGAUGCACGAAGUAUGAGAUGCGUGUCACUAUCAAUCUUCUCGCUUGAUCAGUGAUCCUUGAAGUCCCGUGUUAUCUUUCUCCUUGUUCAUAUAACUCCCCCAGUCGCUUCGGUUAUCGAAGGCAUUCCAAUUCGCUUACCAUGGUCAAGUUCUCCAGCGGUACGUGGACGGUUGGUCCGCACAUAUCCGUCAACUGGGCGACAGAAGUCGUCAAGAGCGAGGCCUUCGAAGAUCGCAUACGAUGUGUGGUGUCGAUGAAACCUAUCAAUCAUCGUGGAGAUACGCUCAACACACCGACCAUUACCAUAGAAUGCUCUUCUCCAAUCCCCGAUACCUUUUUCCUUGAGGCAUGUCAUUGGAAGUCGCAGCAGCUGACGUCAACUGGACCAAACUAUGAAAAUCCGACGAGUAUCACAUCCUUAUCUAACUACCUCCUCACUCAACUUGGCUGGCGAUCUGUGGGAUAUGUCAAGUACGAUACAAACUUGGACCACCCCAAUCUCAAUCUAGCCGAUCCUGACAAGGGAAAGAAGUGGAUGACGAUGCAGUUCCAGCUUUCUGUUGGCGAGAAGAUACACGGCCUCGGGGAACGAUCUGGAUCCUUCAUUAAGAAUGGUCAGACUGUAGACAUGUGGAACGAGGACAGCGGGACGUCGUCUGAGUUAACGUAUAAGAACGUGCCUUUCUAUAUCAGCUCUGGGGGAUAUGGGAUAUUCGUCACGUGUCCAGGAAUUACACGUGUCCAUGUAUCUGGGCCCUUUGAGAGACUGUCCGUCCACGUUAUUCACGGGCCUACACCUGCGGCCAUCAUCGAGCGAUACACCAUGAUCACUGGCCGUCCUGCCCUUCCUCCUGCGUGGACGUUCAAUCUAUGGUUGUCGACAUCAUUCACGACAAACUAUGAUGAAGGAACUGUGACUAAAUUCUUGAAAGGGAUGGAGGACCGCGACAUAUCAGUUGGGGUCUUCCAUUUUGAUUGUUUUCGGAUGAAAGGAUUUCACUGGUGCGACUACGAGUUCGAUACCGAUUUCUUCCCGGAUGCCAAAGGCCAGCUGGCUCGGCUCAAGGAAAAGGGGUACAAGAUCUGUGUCUGGAUCAAUCCUUACAUAGCGCAAGAGAGCAAGAUUUUCGAUGAAGGUGUGAAGAAGGGUUACUUUAUCAAGAAGCAAGAUGGAAACGUGUGGCAGGAUGGUUGUUGGCAGGCUGGUAUGGCAUGGGCCGAUUUCGGUGAACGGAUCCCCACAGGAAACACGGUCUAUUUUGACGGGUCCAACCCAGAAAAAAUGCACAACUACUACGCCUUUUUGUACAACAAGGUCACAUUUGAUGUCAUCGAGAAGUACAAUAGGAAACGUCAAGCCGUGGUUUUUGCUCAUUCAGCAACGGCUGGAAGUCAGCGCUUCCCGGUUCACUGGGGAGGUGACCUGAUGUCGACUUUUGAGGCUAUGGCUGAGACUCUGCGAGGUGGUAUGAGCUUGGGACUUUGCGCAUUUGGUUAUUGGGCUCAUGAUAUCGGUAUUUGUGUUGCGUUCCCUGGCUUUCUGGACGAGUCCGGUGAAGCGGAUGUCGUCUUGAGGAAAUCCAUCGACCUCAAACUGACCUUGAUGCCUUAUCUCUUCGUCACGGCGAUCAAAACACACCAGACAGGGGUUCCUAUGAUGCGCCCAAUGUUCGUUGAAUUUCUGGAAGAUCCGAUGGCUUGGAACGUUGAUACGCAGUACAUGCUUGGGUUUAAUCUUAUGGUUGCUCCCAUCUUCAACGCCGAGGGAUCUGUGCAGUUUUACGUUCCAGAAGAUAGGAAGGUCCGCACCGAGCCCAAAUACUUUACCGAGACUCGCGAUUUCAUGAGUCUUCCGGGAAGCCUACUUCUGAAGCCUGGUGGCGCUGUUGUCAUGGUAAAACCAAAUCGCAGCAGCGGUGGUCGGAAGCUCGCUGUUUACGACUACGCUUCGGAUUUUAUUGUUCUCGUGAAUCCGCCCUCGAAGGAAAGAAUGGAAAUCGAGGUUGAGCUCCCGAAUUGUGAAGGUGACAUUGCGGCACUCUUGAGGGUGGAAGGAAGUUCGAGGACUGGAGUUACGGUGAGUGUUAUAAAAGGGACUGUGAGGGGACCUUGGAGGGUCAGAAUCGUCAACGAAAUAGGGAUGGAAUUUGAUGCUGCCGUCACUACUGACGAUACGGUACAUGUGCCUGUUGAUCGUUAUUUUUUUUUUUUCACCAUAUGGCUAUAA